UCAGACAUACUAAUCAUUCUAAAGUGCAGAAGAAAAUGGCAAGAACUAAGCAAACUGCUCGCAAAUCCACUGGCGGAAAGGCGCCCAGGAAGCAACUCGCAACCAAGGCUGCCCGCAAAAGCGCUCCUGCCACUGGCGGUGUGAAGAAGCCUCAUCGUUACAGGCCCGGUACUGUGGCUCUGAGAGAGAUCCGCCGCUAUCAGAAAUCUACCGAGUUGCUGAUCCGCAAGUUACCUUUCCAGCGUCUUGUCAGGGAAAUCGCCCAGGAUUUCAAGACUGAUCUACGCUUCCAGAGCUCCGCUGUUAUGGCGCUGCAGGAGGCGAGCGAGGCUUACUUGGUUGGGCUCUUCGAAGAUACCAACCUGUGUGCUAUUCACGCCAAGAGGGUUACUAUCAUGCCCAAAGACAUCCAGCUGGCCCGCCGCAUCCGUGGAGAACGCGCUUAACCUGUAAACAAGCUAAAACAAACGAAACCCAAAGGCUCUUUUAAGAGCCACCA